AACUGGUCAUGUUCAUGUUGUUUGGUCAUUGGUGAUAUUUUCAACGGUCUUUGAACUUCCUUUUCAUUUGCAGCAACUUACGCGUCCUUCCACUGUUUUAAGGUUCUUCGAUCAUUUGUUUUAGAUAUUUGUCUCUUAGAAAUGUCUAUCUGGGACGACACACAAUACUGGGUUCAAUGGCAAGUUCCAGUUUGUGCUUUCAUCGUCGCUGCCCCAGCUGUGUUGGCUCUGAGAUUUGUCAAAAAAUUGGAAGCUCAGCCUUUCAAUUACGCUGACUUGUGGACUCCGUGCUGGAAAAACUUCAGUCCCGUUUGGCUUCUUUACUAUCGAGCUUUCGCUUUCGUUUGCUUGGCUUGGAUGUUAUACGAAAUGGUUUUCUUUGCGGGAGCUUUUUGCUUCUUUUUCUAUACCCAGUGGACUUUUGCAUUGGUCAUGGUCUAUUUUGCGCUGGGGACCAUUGUAUCUGCAUAUGGAUGCCGGUUGUCCUCCAAGAAACCUCAUUCUAAAAAUGGGGAUAGUGCUGAGUCUGUUCAAAGGGAAUUGGAGGAGAUUCAGCAAAAAGUGGGACUUUGGGGAUAUCUUAUGCUAAUUACAUACCAGACUUGUGCAGGUGCUGUGAUGCUAACAGACAUUGUGUUUUGGUGUAUUCUUGUGCCAUUUUUAUUGGGUGAUCAGUUUAGCAUAACCCUGUUGAUUGGUGGCAUCCAUAGUUUGAAUGCUGUUUUUCUUAUUCUGGAUACAGCUCUCAAUAGACUUCCACUUCUUUGGUCUGGGUUUGCAUAUUUUGUGCUGUGGAGCUGUCUCUAUGUUACCUUCCAGUGGGUCAUUCGUGCAUGUGGUUUUUAUAAAUGGUGGCCAUAUCCUUUCCUCGAGCUUAAUACGCCAUGGGCUCCCCUAUGGUAUUUUUCCUUGGCGUUGGUUCACGUCCUGUGUUAUUGGAUAUAUCUACAGAUUGAAAAAAUUAAAAUUUCAGUUCUGCCUGGAUUGUUCCCUCAAGCAUUUGUGAGGUCAUUUUAGCUCUUUGUUCUGUGAUACAAAAUAAAUCUAAAUCUAAAACAUACCCAAAAAUUAAUAAAACUAAAUCCCAUGGUUUUUCUUUUC